AAACACUCUCCCAGAGCAGCUACUAGUUAUCCGUCCCUCCCAGUCCCUCAAGACAGCUCCAACAUCUCUCUUGCCUAGCCCUCUCUGCUCAUGAUCGUGACAAGGGUGCAUCUACGAUAAUGGAUCAAGCUCACGCGCGAGCCCUGGAGGCUCUUCAACCAUUCAUACACGUUGCGAAUUCCAACAGCGCAACUUCCCCCCGGUUCGUUGCGAACUUGAUAACGAAUGCCACUUCGAGCCCCAACACCUACGUCUUUGCCGAGCUUCUGGAGACACCAACCGUGCAAGCUCUCCGAUCAGCAGACACGCCAGAGGAAUACAAGGGAUAUCUAAAACUGCUCGAAAUCUUCGCCUGGGGAACAUGGGAGGAGUAUCAAUCAACCCCCAACCUCCCCGCUCUCAAACCGGAGCAAGAGCUGAAACUCCGUCUCCUAUCUCUCCUCACCCUCUCCACCACCCUCAAGCCCCUCACCUACCAAUCUCUCAUGACUUCCCUUUCGAUCUCUUCCCCGUCUGAGCUGGAGUCCCUCGUUACAAAAGCGAUCUAUUCCUCGCUAAUCACCGCACGUCUCUCCCCCGCAACCAACCCUCCUACGGUGCAUGUGACCUCCGUCGCACCCCUCCGUGAUGUUCGACCUCAAUCCGUAGCUACGAUGAUCGCCAUCCUGACGGAAUGGAAGAACCGCUGCGGUGGCGUGAUCGGCGGCAUCGAGGCCGAGAUCGCACGCAUUAAAAUGGAAGCAGAGAAACGACGUGCCAAGGAGCGCGCACGGGCAGAGCUCCUAGAGCGAGCCCUGAACGGCUGGGAAGGUGAGGAUGAUACGGACGGGGAGUCAGGAGGCGGACGCAGAGGUGGUCUGAGGUCCAAAGAUGGCAAGCAUGGCUUUGGCGGCGGCGCCGGUCCUGGCAAUAAACGUGAAUUCAACGCUGACCACGACGACGACGACGGAUACUGGGAUAACGGGAGCGAUGGCGCUGGUGAUUCGGGUGCUGGAGGAUCCCGUAUGGACAUCGACGAGGGAGCCGGAUCUUCUUCCAGAGCGGGAGCUGCGGGAGGGACAGGGGCCAGACAGGCAAAGCGCAUAUUGAAUAUGGGGAAGAAGUCCUGAGCAUUAUCUCAAUUGUUAAAGCAUACUUAAUGAACAUACGACGGCCUCUUAGAAAAGGGUAGAAAAGGGAGGAUAGGAUAUGGACUAACUUCUCCCGUCCUUAGAAUCAAUGAAAUGACAACAAGAAAGGAAACUAUCCCUCAGAUAUACCGUCCUAGCUAGAUUAAUAUCCCUCCUUAUUUUGCUCCAAAGAAGACCCCUCAAGAGUAUUUCUCCGUCACGCUAUAAUACGAGACUUCUGAUCUACCAUACAAGCAUACUCUAGUAAAAUCUCACUACCAAACUGUAACUA